AUGACGGACAACACCUCGAAGUAUCCUUCGAAUAUCCAAAAGCUAUUUACCCCGAAGCUUCCCCUCUCAUAUAAGAGACCCUUAGAUUUUCCUGUGGAGGAGCGUAGGACCCACUACAUAACGCCAAUAUCCUCAUUCAAGGCACAGUUAGGUGAGUAUGUCAAGGAAGAUCUCACUCUCGCAGCUUCUGGGGCGUCGGCUCAGCGCCCACCAACCACCCAACAAUUGAACACACAAAGAAGGAAGGAAAACCAACAGGCCCAUAAAGAAUCCUUGAAAAGACAGCAAAGGGAUUGGGACGAUGCUGAAUUACUAGCACAGAACGAAAAGGAAUUCCUGAUGAAGGAUCCCUACAGGACGAUAUUCGUAUCCAGGUUGCCCUAUGCGGUGACUGAGUUGGAAAUAUCCAAGAGUUUCAGUAAAUAUGGAAUCAUUGAAUCAAUUAGGAUCACCAGAGAUAAAAUAACGGGGAAAUCAAGAGGUUAUGGGUUUAUUGUAUAUGAAAGAGAAUCCGACGCCAAAAACUGUAUUCGAGAAUUGGCUCCUGUGGGGUUGAGGAUGGAAGCAGAGGGUGGAAAGGAAACUAAUAGCAAAAGCAGAAUUGUUUUAGUUGAUAUAGAGAGAGGAAGAUUGCUGAGGAGCUGGAAACCAAGAAGAUUAGGAGGGGGCCUCGGUGGUAGGCAUUAUACGAAACCCAACGCUUUACUGUCAAGUAAUGCAUCAGCUGCUGCCAGUGGGAGAAGGUUACACUUGUCGAGCAACCCCUACUCUGGAGGAGGCAAUGCUGGUGGUAGCUCAAGACCGUAUCAGAGUAGGACCAAUAACAGAGAUGGAUAUGGAACUCAGAGCGGAGCUGGUGGUUACGAUUCCUACGGAUCAGGCUACCCUGCUGCCCCAGUCUCCACUCUCUCUCAUCCUCCUGUCCCAAAUCCAGCAGCAGCAACAGCAGCUGCUGCUGCUCAAGUCCCAGCUGCUGCUCCAUACUCAUACACCUCACGCUCUUCUGAGUCCAGAUCGGCUGAAAGCGUACGAGACAAAUAUGUAAGUAGAUCAGAUAGAUCCAUAAGGAACAUACGUAAUGGAUAG